AUGGCAUAUUAUAACAUAAUAUUAGCGCUAACAAUUACACCGCACACAUGUAAAUUGCCUGUGAAACCAGAAAAUAUAAGCGAAUAUAAUUGGAAAACCACCCAUAUACCAAGACAGGAAAGUGUAGCAGGCACAGAGAAAUUUAGUGGUUGUUUGAUUUACACAAACCUUGGAUCCAAUGAAACCGAAUCAUGCGAUGUUUUUGAUUAUGAUAAAACAUGGUUUCAAACGACAGUGCCAUCAGACAAUAAUUGGGUGUGUGAAAAUGAAAUAAAUGUUGCCAAUAUAUUAGCCUAUAGUCGGAUUGCAGAGCUUAUUGGAUCUUUUUUUUUUGGAUGGUUUGGUGAUUUGUACGGCCGAAAACUUACUUUUAUUAUAUCCAUAUUCAUGCUGGUUAUCGGGAGAUUUAUCUCUAUAUUAACAAGUUCGUCACUAACAUUCUUUACAAUAGGAUGCAUUGUAGCCUGGUUCCCUUCGUGGUCUGCACCGCAGAGCACAGCCAUUAUAUCAUUGGAAAUAUCUUCAUCAAAAAGACGAGCAUCGGUGGCAAAACUAAAGCUUGUUGCUACGAGUUUAGGCAUGUUCCUGAUGCCUUUUUUCUAUUGGUGGCUGCGAAAUUGGCAAUUUUUUUUAAUUAUUACAACUGCCUUACAACUACCUUUCCUAAUAUUUUCUUGGAAACUUAUUGAAUCUCCUCAAUGGCUUUGGAUAAAAGGAAGAUCGAGGCAAACCCUGAAAACUCUUAAAUAUAUAUCGAAAAUCAAUAAAACUGACUUACAUCCGGAUACUGAGAGUGAAAUUUUGACAAAAAGUCCAUCUAAAGCUAACAAGACAGAAGUAUUAGGUCUCUUGGCUUUGUUAUCGAGUUGGAGAAUUGUAGUAACCACGAUGUUACAACUCCUUUUAUGGUUUGCCAUUUCUUUAAAUUAUGGAGUUGCAGUUCUUAGCUCGGGUGAGAAGUCUGAAGGCAACCCAUUUUUGGAUUUUGCUUGGCAAUCUUUAGCAGAAAUUCCGGGCUUUUUUGUAGCAGCUUGGCUCGCAAAUUCUAUCGGUCGAAGGUAUACUGGAAUUGUUUCAUUUUCGUUGACAACUACUAUCUGGAUUCUAUAUGGGCUACGUGAAAUAAGCAAUACCGGCUGGGUAAGAAGUGAAGCUUUGGAUAUGUUCUUGGUGAUUACGAAUAGAGCUUCAAUAACAGUUUCAUAUUAUUUAAUUAACUUACUCAACAUGGAGCUUUAUCCAACUUGUCUUCGACAGUCAGGCAUGUCGUUGGGUAACCUUGUAUCAAGCGGAGCGUCCGCUAUUGCCCCUUAUGUUUUGUACUUGGGACGUAAAGUAGACGUUCGCUGCCCAAGUGUUAUCUUAACUGCUACUACAUUAUUGGGUGGAAUAAUACCCAUCUUCUUUUUACCUGAAACUUUAAAUAAAAAGCUGCCAGAAACUUUGGAAGAUGCUAAAAAUUUUUAA